CCUCAUUUUCUUUCCAGAGGUUUAGGGUUUAGGUAAAGCCACUCUUCUUCUUUAGCUCUCAAAGAUGAUUACAGGCGGAAGAAGCUUAAUUUCUUCAUCGCCGGCGUUUUCAAAUGAUGCAAAGAAGCUUCUCGUAUGUACCGGAAACACCAUUUCCAUUUUCAGCACAUCUACUGGCUUACAGAUUGCUGAAUUGGAAGGACAUAAAGGAUUGGUGACAUCGGUAGUGGUAGUACCGUCUACUAGUCCGGCAGGAAAGAUAUUGUGUUACUGUUGGACUGCGUCGGAGGAUGGUACUAUUAAAUAUUGGGAUUUUUCGGUACCAGAGCUGAUAAGAAGUAUUGAUGUUCAGUUUCCCAUCCACUCAAUGGUAAUUCCAGGUUUAUCAUUACAACCGACAGAGAGUAGCGAAAAGGCUUCUGAUCUUUUUGCAUAUGUAUCUAUCAGAGUUUUGAAAGAACAGCAGGGAGAGAGUAAUGCUUCAUGGUGUCAGAUAAGGAAGUGUAACUUAACCAAAUCUACUUUGGUUGGUGGAGUGACUCUCGCUGAGAGUCAAAAAAACACACUAUCAAUAACACUAAGUUCUACUGGAAGAUACAUGGGCAUCUGUGACAAGCGCAAGCUUCGCAUAUGGGAAAUACCAGCAAAAGAUUCUGAUCAAGCAGUGCUUAAGAAAAUCAGGUUACAUCAUACGAAAGCCGUGAGCACUCUAGCUUUUCAUCCAACAGACAGAAUUGUUGCAGCUGGAGAUGUAACUGGAAGGAUCUUAAUAUGGAGGGGUGUUGGGGAUCAUAGUUUCUCAUCGGGAAAUAAACAGAGAGGAGGACUGAUGAAGGACAUUGAGGAAAAGCCCGGAGUUAGGGGGGAAGAUGAUGCUGAUUCUUGUACCACAAGGCACUGGCACUCUGCAGAAGUGAAAGUUCUCUUUUUUUCUUCCGACGGUGCCUAUCUCUACUCAGGUGGGAAGGAAGGAGUUCUCGUGGUUUGGCAGUUAGACACAGGGAAGCAAAAAUUCCUCCCGCGAAUAGGAUCCCCCCUUUUGUAUUUUACCAUCUCAUCUGAUCCUUCUCUGUCCUCUAUAUCUUGUGCAGAUAAUCGAAUCUACCUUCUUAAAAUGCCUUCGAUGGAAGUAUUGAGAUCCAUUCAAGGAAUCAAGCUUCGUAGCACGGUCUUGGAUAUGUCUGAUGGCUCAUCUGAAGGAAUUGUUUUUGACUCUGCCGCGGGGCUAGUUGCCGUAUGUUCAGAAAAUUACUGUAUCCAGUUCUAUAGCUUGUUUAAUGACCGUGAGGUUUCUGAGGUUCUAGUUUGUGAAAGAAGCCACCAACCAGCUGAUGAAGUCACGGUCAUCGUGGAUUUGGUCGCCCUGUCUCCAGAGGGUUCCAUCAUGAUUACUGUAGAAACAAGGUUUGCUGAAGAAGGAAUAGGAGGUCUUGUAAGUCUGAAGUUUUGGUCAUGCAGCUCUUCAAAUAAAGACUUCAGCUUAUCCACAGUUGUCUAUGAGCCCCACAGAGAUUCUGGUAUUUCGUCCAUUGCUUUCCAUCCUUUGCGUCACAUGGCUGUUACCACCUCACAGGGUGCUGAUUUCAAGGUUUGGGUCGGCAGUCAGGAGAUGCAACAAAAAGACCGGAUGCACCACGCUGGAUGGACAUGUCAUUCUGUUGGUUCUUACAAGAAAAAGGCAAUGACAGCGGCUGCCUUUUCCGGAGAUGGUUCUGUGCUGGCUGUUGCUGCAGAAAGAGUUAUUACGUUGUGGGAUCCAGAGAAGAAUAUUCUUGUGGCGACAGUUGGGGACAGUCUUGAGCCAAUCUCUUGGUUAGCAUUUAUUGGGAAGUCAGAGUAUAUUGUAACCACAUCGCAAGGUUCUAAUGCACAAGUAUCAGUGUGGAGCAUGUCAAAACUGUCUGUAUCAUGGUCUUACAGGCUUAAGAUAGAAGCUGUAACUUGUGCGAUGGAUGACUCCUCGUUUGCCAUCCUGGUCCUUCUCCCAAAGUCAGUUGGAUAUGGGGCCACAACUCCGGCUGGGGAUGGUGUGAUCUUAUUAUUCAGCGCUGGAGAUCCUGUUCCCGUAGCAAGCUGGUUUGUAAGAAAGGCAAAAGGUGCUUCACUUGCUUUCGUUCGCGGAAGUCCCAAGUCGGAGGAUGAUGGCAGAUCAGUGCAGUUGCUGUUAGCGUAUCUAAACGUUGAUCAUGAAUAUGUGCUUUUUGAUCCAUUCGACAGUCACACCCACAUACAUAAGAUAAGCCGAGGAAAUCUUGCUGAUGUUGAGGAAACAGGGAAGUUCGGUUAUGCAUCUAUCUAUGGGGACCUACCAGAAUUUGGCUUAGAGAGAAAACAAGUUCCAUCUAUCACAUCAGUACCAUCAGGAAGAUAUUGGGAGACGCUUUUCAGUGGACCAUCUCACAAUCUUCCUCCUCUUACUAAAUUGUGUUCUACAUUCCUGGAAUCAUUAUUGCAGAAGAGAAGUAGUGCAGUUGAGUGAUUUGUCAGUAAGUUUCUUGCAAGGCAGACUCUCUGGUCUAAUCUGUGCUCAUUGAUGAGACGACGACGACAUUGUUGUUAAAACUUGGAUCUCAUUGCAGCUGAGAGAGCUGCCUGACAUGCACAUAGUGACACUAGCUCGAGGCUGUGAACAGUGGGGGUCGACGUAAAAUCUGGUCUAAGGAGGCAGCCAUUCCGUUAAAGCUGUGAGUUCAAGAAAGGAUGCCCAGUUUGAGUGGGUUUGGAAUUUUGGUAGCACGAUUAGAUGUCUUGUCUGGAUAUUGAAUUUUUGUAGCUUGGAACUUAUUAUUGAGCCUGCGAGGUUAAACAGGAAUACAAACGAAUUCUACUUAAGUCAUGUUGUGUUUAAUAGUGUCACAUUUAUUAGCGCAAUAGUCACACUUUAAAUAUUCUGCAUUAACUUGAUGCUCCUGUUCCUAGGAGAGAAAA